AUGAUUAAGGUUCAACUACCAAAAUCUCUUAUUACGUAUAAUUUAACUCAUAAAAAUGGCAUCAAUUCUAAUAAAUAUUCAUUGACAAUGAAUGGUGAACUUAAUAAAGAAGAAGAUAUUGAUGAAAAUAAUACUGUCCAUCUAUGUUCAUCAUCAAAUAGCACAACAUCAACUGUAUCAUGUCGAUCAUCAUCUCUUAGUACAGAAAAUAUUUUACGAAAACACCAACAAAUAAAUCGACGUCGAGCAUUUUUUCAUGAUGAUGUUAUUGUUAAAACUAAUAACAAUAAUAAUAAUAGUGAUAAUAAUAAUAAUAGUCAUUCUUCAACAAUUGAUGAUAAUCAACAAAUAUUAACUGCACAAAAUGAUAAUGAUGGCCUAAUAAAUGAUGAAAAUCCAGUAAUAAUUACAAAUAUUAUUGAAGAAAAUCAAGCAAAUAAACCAUUAAAACGAAAAGUUGUUUCAUUUAGUACAAUGCCAUUUGAAAAAAAAGUUGCUGAUGUUUGCGAUUGUCUUCGUUAUAUGCAAGAAGGAAGUGAUUUUCUCAAAGUUCGUUCAUAUGCACGUCAAUUUCGUCGUUUAUAUAAACUUAAUGAUACAUUAACAGCGAUAAGUUGGUAUCCAACAUCAAAAAAACCAUCGAAAGCUACUAUUACUAUUGAUUCAAUAAAAGAAAUACGAUUAGGAAAAACUACAGAACGUCUUCGUGAAUGUGCACAUCAAUUUCAAAAUGAAUCACUUUUUUCAAUUAUUUAUACAAAUGAACAUAAUCAAUAUGUUUCAUUAGAUCUAGUUGCAAGUAGUGCCGAUGAAGCAAAUAUAUGGGUAACUGGUUUAUCAUGUCUUAUUACUGAGCAAGGUAAACCAUCGUCACCAGCAGAUUUAGAAGAUCGUCAACAGAUGCGUAAUCGAUGGUUACGUGAUGCAUUUGCAGUAGGUUUACCAUUACCAACAGGUGAAUCCGACCAUAUAAAUCAAAAUGAAGAUCGACCACUAACAACAAUGAAUUCAAUUGAUGAAGAAGAAGCUAUACGAUUAUUAAUUGAUUAUGGAAUUUCCGAAGAUAAAGCUAAAGUUCGAUUACAAGAAAUGCAAACAACUAAAUCUGAAGAUGCACGUGGAUAUUUUUCAACUGAAGAACUUGUUAAUAUAUUUAAAGAACUUUCAACUCGACCAGAAAUAUAUCAUUUACUUGUCAGAUAUUCUCGUAAUCAAGAUUUUUUAUCAACUGAAGAUCUAACAUUAUUUCUUGAAGCUGAACAAGGCAUGUCGAAAAUAACGCGUGAAAAAUGUGGAGAAAUUAUUCAUGAAUUUGAACCAUCAACUGAAGCAAAACUUUUAGGACAUUUAGGUAUUGAUGGUUUUACUAAUUAUCUUUUAUCACCUGAAUGUGAUAUAUUUAAUCCAAGUAAUCGAAAUAUAUGUCAAGAAAUGAAUCAUCCACUUAAUCAUUAUUUUAUUGCAUCAUCACAUAAUACAUUUCUUUUGGCCGAUCAAUUAAAAGGUCCAUCUAGUGUCGAUGGAUUUAUUCAUGCAUUAAUGCGUGGUUGUCGCUGUUUGGAACUUCAUUGUUUUGAUGGACCUGAUGGUCAACCAUUAAUUCAUAAUGGAACAUUAACAUCUCGUAUACCACUAAAUGAAGCACUAGAAGCUAUUAAUAAUUACGCAUUUGAAACAUCCUCUUAUCCAUUAAUAUUAUGCAUUGAAUUACAAUGUAGUAUUAGUCAACAAGAACGUGUAGCUCAAUUUUUAAUUGAAAUAUUUGGUGAAAAAAUAUUUCUUGAUCCUUUAACAAUAGAUACAAAUAUCUUAUCAAAUGAAUAUCAAUCAUUACCAUCACCAAAUGAUUUACAAGGAAAAAUUAUUAUUAAAGGUAAAAAAUUACCUAUAUUAGUUUUAAAUGAAAUAAAUAAAGAAUAUGGAGAAAUAACAGAUGAUGAUGAUUGUUAUGAAGAUAAUAGAAGACGAUCAAAAAAGGAUAUCAAUAGUAAAAGACAUCGACAAUUAUCUCGUGCAUUUUCUGAUCUUGUUGAUUUACUUCGUUCAGCACCAUUCGAAGAUUUUGAUACAUCAUUUAAUGAACAACAAUCCGGACAAGUAUGUACGUUCAGUGAAAAUGCUGGUUUACGUUUAGCCAAUAGUGAUGCUGAACAAUUUGUUAAUUAUAAUAAACGUUUUCUAUCACGUAUAUCACCUGGUACAUGGCGUGUUGAUUCAUCAAAUUUAAAUCCACAAGAUUUUUGGAAUGUUGGUUGUCAAAUGGUUGCAAUGAAUUAUCAAACAGCCGGAAAAUUUAUGGAUGUUUAUUUUGGUCGAUUUUUAAGUAAUGGUGGUUGUGGUUAUGUACUUAAACCAACAUAUUUACGUUAUGAUAAUGCAGCUGCAGCUGCUGCAGCUUCAUCAUCAAUUGUCAGUGGACGACUUUCAACAAAUCUUUAUUCAUCGAAUACACCUCAAAUACUUCAUAUUAAAGUGAUUAGUGCAUUACAUCUUCCAAAGCCGGAACAAGCAGAAUUAAAAGCCAAUUCUGUUGAUCCAUACGUUGUUGUACAAAUAUUUGGUGUACCAAGAGAUUGUGAUGAAGUACGAACAAAAACUGUUUAUCAUAAUUGGGAAAGUCCACAAUUUAAUGAAGCAUUUGAAUUUGAAAUAGCUUUUCCAGAAUUAGCACUUGUUAGAUUUGUUGUACUUGAUGAUGAAUCACUUGAUUAUGAUUUUAUCGGACAAUAUACAUUACCAUUUGAUUGUAUUCAACCUGGCUAUCGACAUGUUCAUCUAUAUACUAUAGGUGGUGAUAUCAUUGCUAAUGCUUAUUUAUUUGUGCACAUUGUUGUCAAUAGCAAAUCAUUAGCUGUUAAACCUCGUCGAUCAUUAUCCCGUUAUCGUCGUUCUUUGUUACGUCGUAAAUUACGCGUUGCUGCAUUUCGACCAGUAAAUCAUCGACAAAUCGAUGAUCUAUUUAAAUCAAUGAUUCAACCAUUAGAAACUGCAUUUGAAUAUCGACAUGCUGUUGAACAAAGUCUUUGUGAAUUAAAUGAAAUGUGUGGUUUACCUGAUAUAUCAAAUGUAAAACAAUGUGUAAGAAAAAUUGCUAGUCGAUUACAAAAAGCAAAUCUUGUCGGUGCUGUUACCAUUCGAAAUCAGUCGGGCGUACCUAUUUUCGAAUAUUCUACAACAUUGCCGGAAUUGUCUCGUCAAAGUGUCGUUGCUCUAGAAGAAGUCACUAAUCGAUGUCGGGCUUUAAUUGAUAAUGGUAGUGUGAUACAUAAGAAAUUAUCUAAUGUUCAAACUGAAGUAUGCGAAAUGAGUAAAGACAUUCCAAAAUUGCUUGAAUCAAAUGGUUUACGUGGAAAAAAAUUUACAAAAGCAAUUGAUAAUUUUUCAUAUAAUCUUGCAUUAUUAAAUGGUCAAACUGAUUUAUUAAAUAAAGCUAAACAAGAUGCAAAUAUAACUAUUCGACAAAUCCUUGAAGCAGCUGAAACAACGCAUUUACUUAUUCAAUCUGAACAAUCUUAG